AUGACGAUGCCUUUCUUUAUCUCUCUGCCCUCGACGUCGCCCGCCUCCCCCACUGGUCUCCAGGCUACCAAUACGCUCGCAAUAACCUCAAUUCCUAAACACUUUUUCGAGCCAACGUUGCUCCGGGUUUUGCGGGACCACUUUGCGACGUAUGGGGACAUCAACCGCUGGGUUCCGCUUCCCAACUUCUCGCGUAUCAUCGUCAUCUAUGCCUCGAACGAGUCAGCGGAGAUGGCGAAGAUAUAUAGCGACCCCAUUGUGCUGGAGCAGACUAGCGAUCGAUCGCGGAUAACCCUCAGGGUAUACAGAGCCGACCCAAAUCCUCUGCUGCCUCCAGGCGAAGCCAUCGAUGUGCCAGCAGCCAACUACCUCCAGCCACCCAAAGUCGACAAGAACUUCCUCAUCAGCCCACCAGGGUCCCCCCCAAUUGGCUGGGAGCAAGUCAGAGAAGACCCGCCGAACGCUGCCCCGCUGGCCGAUGACCUCAUCGCGGCAUUGCGCAGACUCCAAGUGCACGACCGGGAGAAAUCAGGGGGCUUGGAGGUUCUGAUCGACCCAGAGGACGGUGAUGCUGGCGUUGGGAUCUAUGUCGAGGACUGUGGGAGUGACGAUGACGAGUCAGAGAACGAAGACGACUGGGUUUAUGGACAACCUCCGCCUUUCAGAACGCGCUGGGCAGCGACCGCAUUGCCUCCGGCUAUAGACAACACCGCAUAA